AUGUCGUCGAUGGUUUUUUCUUCGCGCAUCUCCUCCUCGGCGAAGGCGACUUUGAGCCCAGGAAAUGAGAACGAGCGCGCAAUCAGGAGGAGGAGGAGGAGAAGAAGAAGCUCGAUUUCCUCGUCGUCUGAAUCGUCGUCUUUAACGAAGAAGAGGAGGAAUUUUUGUUGCGCGUUUGUGACGAGCAAAAAAAGGAAUAUUGGCGGCGUCUUUUUUCCCAACACAUCAUCAUCAUCAUCAUCGUCGUCGUCGUCGUCGGGGAAAGAGAGGAGGAAAACAACAACUUUAGCGAGUAAUGCCACGAAGGAUUUGACGACGACGAGGAUGGGAAAAGAGCGUUCGAUGACCAGCAGAGCACGACGGUACCAAAUCAACAAAAGAAGACUCUCUACUACCACCACUUCGUCAGCCACGGCUUCGAACCGAGGAGGCGAAACCGCCAACGCGAGCGGGUUAGCCGUGGGUGGCUUUGCAGCCGUGAAACCUUUACUUUCUAGAUUAUUACCAAUGAGUGCGAUGUUUUAUUGCAUGGCGUUUGCGAAUUCAAUCUUGGACGCGUUGAAAGAUACGCUGGUCGUGACUGCGUUUGGCGGCGCCGAGCAGAUUCCGUAUUUGACGGUGUACGCGGUGUUGCCGAUGUCGUUGUUGUUCGUGUCUUUGUUUACGAAACUGAGCCAAAGGUGGGGUAGGGAGAAGCUGUUUUAUGCCGCGAUUGGAACAUUCAUAAGCUUUUUUGUGUUGUUUACGAUUGUGUUGUACCCGAUGCGCUCGGUUUUGCACCCGGUGGACUUAUCCGUGCAGUUGUUGAAAUGGCUGCCGAGCGGUUUGAGAGGCGGCAUCGCGGUCUUUACGAAUUGGACGUAUUCAUUGUUUUACGUGUUUAGUGAGUUAUGGGGCGACGUCGUUUUGUCGUUGCUGUUUUGGGGUUUAGCGAACGAGACGACGUCGUUGCACGACGCGGCGAUUAUAUAUCCGUUGCUCGGUAUCGGGGCGAACGUCGCUCAGGCGAGUUCUGGGUUUAUGAUGAAAUGGGUCACCGGGAGUGGAAAUUUCAUCUCUUGGGAUGCUAAGCUCCGCUUUUUAAUGACGGUAGUUUUAACGUGUGGUGGGUGCGCGACGUUGAUUCACGCGUACAUUUGCGAUAAGCAAAGGCGACGGUUGUUGAAGGUUGAGAAGAAGAAUAAUAAAAUUACGCCCGAGAAGAAUGAAGAAAAAAAGAAAGUUUACGACGUCUAUUUGGACGACGCGGACAUCGAUGAAGCGAGCGAAGAAGACGAUUCGAACACAGAGGUGGCUAGGAUUGAAAUUCUUCCCAUCGAAGAUAUACAAAAGAGUAAAGACGAAGAUUCCAUGGACGAGUCAGAGCUUGUGCAGAGAGAACUUUCGCAACGGGUAGGAAUGACGGAAAGCGCACCGCCGACGAAAUCGCAAAUGGCAAAAAGAAAUCGGUCGAAGUCGAAAAGAGGUUUGUUUGAUGCGUUGAAGUUCGUUGCGAACUCGCCAGAGUUGUCUUGCUUAGCCGUGAUGGCGAUUUCACAAGGCAUCUCUACGAUUUUGUUCCAAGUCGCCUGGAAGACGCAGUUGAGAAUUUUACACCCCGACCCGACCGCGUACGCGCAAUUUAUGGGCAACGUGCAAAUGUACUCUGGAUUCGUAACUGGAAUAUUUAUGAUCUCCGCACCGUUUCUGUUUAGGAACAUCGGGUGGAAAGGAACCUUAUCGAUUACGCCAAAGUGCGUCAUUAUUCUCGGUUGGUUCUUCUUCGGAACCUCGAUUUACGCGUCCCGAGUUGGCCUUUUGUCGCAAACGAGUUAUUGGCUUCCAAUUUUAGUUGUUGGCGGUGCUGCAAUUUACAUUGUCGAACGAGCGGCGAAGUUUUCGCUGUUCAAACCAGCGGAAGAGAUGGUGUAUAUUGCAUUAGACGAUGAGGCGAAAUCUAAAGGUAAAGCCGCCGUGGACGUGCUAGGUUCGCAAUUUGGCAAAACUGGUGGUAGUUUCAUGCAACAAGGUCUGCUAUUUUGGUUCGGGAGCAUUAUCGCGGCGUUACCAGUCAUGGUUUUCUUUCACUCGACCAUUGCAUUGGUAUGGUUAGCGGCGGUGUACACGCUCGCGGGGAGAAGAGAGGCGCAGCUUGACGCGGAAGUCAAAGGCGAUUAG